GGUUAUUUCUCAAUAAAUACCAUUAACAUCUCUUUCUUACUCAUAUACUGAAAGAUGGAGAUUAGCGAUGACCCUGCUGCAAUGGCGACAGUGGCACCAUUGGCACCAGUCACAGCUCAACGACCUGUUCGGAGUGACCUUGAGUUAUCCAUUUCUAAGCCCUACAUGGCUAGAGCUAUGGCUGCACCAGACAUGGAACAUCCAGAUGGCACAAAAGAACACAGUGCUUGUGGCAUGAGUGUGCUCCAGCAACAUGUCGCCUUCUUUGAUCAAGACAACAAUGGCAUUGUUUAUCCUUGGGAGACUUACACCGGCCUUCGAGCUAUUGGGUUCAAUGUACUCGUAUCUUUAGUUUUGGGAUUAGGUUUCAAUCUAAUAUUUAGUUACCUUUCCCUCCCAGGUUACAUUCCAAAUUUGCUGCUUCCAAUUCACAUAGCCAACAUACACAAAGGCAAGCAUCCAAGUGAUUCUGGGACAUACGAUACUGAAGGAAGGUAUCUUCCUGUUAACUUCGAGAAUAUAUUUAGCAAAUAUGGCAAAACAUCCCCAGAUAAGCUAACCUUGAGAGAGCUAUGGAACAUGACGCAAGGAAAUCAUGUUGCAUUCGAUAUUGUGGGAUGGAUAUUAAACAAGUUCGAGUGGGGGCUUGUAUACAUUAUAGCUAAAGAUGAGGGAGGUUACCUAUCAAAAGAAGCCAUGAGAGGUCUAUUUGAUGGCAGUUUGUUCGAGAAACUAGCCAAAACGAAGGCAGCCAAAGAGAAAAAGAAGACUUGAAAGCCAUCAUGUCCUUAUGCCCAACGAAAUAAAAUCUGUACGCAACUACAAAACCAUUGGUAUCAUUAUAGGCA